GUGGUCACCAAUCCGCUUCUCAACACCAAGACAUCACCCGUGGCCUCGGCUUUUUUCCAAAGCCUGGCCGCCCUUGAGGCAGAUCUCGUGCGCUAUGCGGCCUGGUAUCCCUACCCCAAGCUGAGCGUGGCGGAGCUCGACCCGCCCAAUGCGACCACUCGCACGACCAGCUGGGACUUUACAAACUUGAUGGACAUGUUCGAGCCUUUCAUGAACGCCACCUAUGCCCGUGGCAAGCGUGUGCUCGCCACCUUCAGCACAAAACCAACUUGGAUGUAUGACACUGAUGAUUGGUCUUAUCCCGAGGAUCCCAAUACGGUCGAUUUUGGCUAUGCUCGAGGCAAUCCAACGCCCAACACAACCAAGCUUCUUGUUGAUUACUACGUUCGUCUUGUUUCGUGGCUGAUCACGGGUGAAAUGAUCGAUGAGUACGGCAAAGUCAUCGGUGGCGGCCCUCGCUACAAUUUGACUCACUGGGAGGUGUUCAACGAGCCUGAAAACUGUCAUGGUUUGACGACCGUCUUUGACUACAUUGCUCAGUACGAUGCCAUUGUCAAUGGGAUCCGGGCUAAAGUCGAUCCAGAACACCGCAUCAAGUUUGUGGGCCUGGCGUUGCAAGACCGCUCCAUGGAGUGGAUUCAGCCCUUCCUCAACGCCUCCAACCACGCCCCGGACACGCCCAUCGACCUCGUGUCCUUUCACUUUUACGCUUCUUCCGCCAAUCGCACCGAUCCAAACGCCUAUCAACAGUUCUUCUCGGACGCCGACGGCUUUUUGCAAGAGGUGGUGCAGAUUGCUGCGGCGCGCGACCAACUCAACCCGAUGACCGCGCUCAGCUGUAAUGAGAUGGGGGUCAUUCUGCCCAAUGACAACGAUCCAACCGCUGCCAUCCCACCGCAAAUAUAUUUUGUCGCGGCUGGUGCCAUGUACGCCUACCUGGUUCCUCACAUGACAAAACUGGGUGUCAACGUCCUGGGAGCAAGUCAGUUGGCAGGCAGUCCGCCCAUUCCAGAGUGGGAUAUCCCUGACCCCCAAUACCCCUCAGUCACGCUCGUCAAUUGGACGUCUGGUCAAGGCAAUCCUCGCUAUUGGGUUCUCAAAAUGUUUCUGGAAGAGUUCAUGUAUUACAUGCGCGCCGGUGGAUACUCCUUGUUUUGCCUACAGUUUGGAGCAGGAGACCAGCUCUUGUACACCUCGCCAAUUCAAACCGCCAACACCUCCAACCUUCUUUGUGGGCGCGUGCGAGGUGUCUUGGGAUACGGCAACCUGAGCCUCGCUUGUUUGGCCGAGGGUGCUGUGAUUGCUGAUGUUCAGUUUGCUGCUUUUGGCACCCCAACGGGCUCGUGCGGUAAUUAUCAACAUGGCACCUGUGAUGCCUCCAAUGUGACGAGCUAUGUCCAAAAGGCGUGCGUUGGGCAGCGUGAAUGCACAAUUGUGUCCGACGCCACCUUUGGGGAUCCAUGUUAUGGGACCUACAAGGAUCUGGUCAUCCAGGCCACGUGCUCGCAGGGCCCAGGUGUGGCGCGUCCCUCAGACUCUGACAACACCCCAGCCUUUGCGCAAGCAUACCUCACGGUAGACGGCACCAAGAAGGUGUUGAUGGUGAAUAAGACCCCUGGUACUGUCUCCGUAGAGCUUGCAGGCGCUUGUUCACAUUCAGCCGAGACCAUGACAAGUGUGCGCGUGGUCGAUGAGAUAUCUGGAGAUGGCCCGCCUCGCAAGCUGGAUGUGUCCGAUGAGAAUCAGGUGACACUCGGUCCCUAUGCCACGGCCGUGGCCAUCUUGCAGUAG